UCCUACGGCGAGCUAACCAGUUCGAUUCAGUUCUCGGUGGUCUUCGCGCGCGGACGGUAACGGCUCUCGGAACUCUCGGAGGAGGACUUGCAAUCGAAGGACUCGUUGGAAAAACAAACAAAGUGCGAGCCAGUCCGGGAAAGUCUGUCGAUAAGACGGUCAAGUGCUGAACUUCCCGAAGUGAAUAAUCUCCACUUAGAACUAACCGAUCGGCUGGGGCUCACUACACAGCGAUAGAGAGAGAGUGACGACGGCGGCGACGAGUAUUUAUUUAAUUUAAGUUAACCUCAAAGUGCAAUUAUAGUGUUGCGAAUUAAGUUGCGUGCAGCUUCAGAGGAAAUCCCUCGCCAAAAUGAGUAAGGAAAAGAAGGUGAGCCGGGUCGUGACGACCUACGAGUUCCCGAGCAAGCCGGAGAAGAGGACCUUCGGCCAGUUCAUCUUCGAUAAGGACACCGGCUACGUUUGUGGUCGAUCGACGAAAAACUGGGGUCAGCUGAUGCUGUUCUACCUGGCCUUCUACGUGGUACUGGCCGCCCUGUUCACCAUCUGCAUGCAAACGCUGCUCGCGACCAUGAACCACCAGUUUCCCAAGUGGCAGCUGGACGCCUCGCUAAUCGGAACCAGCCCUGGCCUAGCCUACCGCCCGAUGCCGGACGAUCCGGACAUUUCGGGCACCGUCAUCGAGUACCGCGCUGCCAACAAGUCGGACGUCAAGCAGUGGGUCAACCGACUGGACAAUUUUCUGGCGCCCUACAGGGAUCACGAGUUACUCCCGGGAGGGGGCAAGAACCAGGUUCCUUGCGAUUUCGACACCAAGCUCAACCCAGGACAAGUCUGCGAAGUGGACGUUAAGCAGUUUACGCCGUGUACCAGCGAGCAGGGCUACAGCUACAACAAGUCGGCACCUUGCAUCUUCGUCAAGCUGAACAAGAUCUACGGCUGGCUUCCGGAGUUCUACGACGAUGUCGACGACCUGCCCGAGGACAUGCCCACCGACCUGGUGGAUCACAUCAAGUCACUCAAGCCGAAGGACCGCCAGCAGGUCUGGGUGUCCUGCAAGGGGCUGUCCGACUCUGACGACAUUGGACCGGUUGAGUACUCGAACAGCCGUGGAUUCCCGUCCUUCUACUACCCGUACACCAACCAGCAGGGCUACCUUAGUCCGCUGGUGGCGGUCCACUUUGCGCGUCCCCCCGUCAAAACCGCCAUCAACGUCGAGUGCCGCGCCUGGGCCAAGAAUGUCAUGUACCGUGGCGGACACCGCGAUCGGCGAGGGUCGAUACACUUUGUGCUGCUGAUCGAGUAGAUUAAGCCAGUGUCGAUGAGAAAGCGGGGGUGGUGAAAGUGUAGCUAAUUUUAAUCGAAAACUUGUCGUUUUUAUUGCGCGCUCGCGAUUACAUCGAACCGACGACAACCGCGCACUAGGGACGCCUUCAGCAAAAGGGACCAAAAUUUGUACUUGUAGGUUGUAUAUUUUAUUUCGCUUGUUUCUUUUUUCCCCACGAAGUAUUUGUUGUAGAUUUACCUAUCUGGGAUAUUUUAACCAGAGUCAACAGAGGGUUACAAUUGAUUUUUUGUUUGUGUCCCGGACAUAACGAUAGAGAUGUCCUGCUGCGAAAACAAUGCGAUGCUGCAAACUAUUUUGAACAAUGAUCGUGAAAUCAACAUAUUUACUUAACUGCAUUGUGAUUAGAAGUGUACUGUAGUGACGAAAGUAAAAUACAAAAAUGAAUUAAAUAUGAUGA